UGGUUUUCUGGUUUUCGCCUCUACCUCUCAGUUUGAGUAGUCAUUGCGCACUGCAGAUAAAAUUUCCUGAAGUCCCAACAGCUAAGACGUUUAAAUAAAAUGUUACCAUUCAUCCUUCAUAUUUCACCGAAGACACGUGGUGAAUUGUUUUUGGUGGUCUUGGAAAAACCAGCUCCUACCAGCUGACUGUUCUACAUGGCAGCAGCAGCAGGUAUUCUGGGCGUGGCUUAGAUCUUAGGUGUGUGAGGAAGAGGUCGACUCAGGUGUUUCCACAUUCUCGACGACACAGGAAGAACAAUUUAAGUGAAGCUACUGCUGCACUCUUGGGAACGGAAACAAACUAGGCGCAAACAAGGAGUCUCUUGGGCGCGUUUGGAAGAUGCAUUCCGCCAGAUAUGAAUACGACGGUCGUAAUGGCCAUCAUGAGCGGAUUGAUUUCUUAACCAGCAAAGAGAAGACGUCGUCAAAGAAGAAAAUCUGCAUUGUGGUCGGUGUUCUCGUCGGGCUUCUCAUCCUGGCAGCCGUAGCAGCUUUCCUCAUUUGGCUGUUUGUCUUUAAAGAUGCUGAUUCAGAAGGCAUCAUCAGUAAGCAGCUCAGCCCAUCAGCGCAGGUCUUCAGUGGGCAUAUGAAGCUGGUCGAUGUGCCGUAUAACGAGAAGCUGGAGGAUACCAAGAGCAAGGAAUUUGAAGCUUUAGCAGAUAAACUGGAGGCAAUUCUGGGGGAAAACUACAAGACAGAUCCAUUGCUCGCUAAAUACUAUACCAACUCUGUAGUGACUGCAUUCAGUGAGGGUGUGCUAGCCUACUAUUGGUCCCAGUUUGAUAUUCCAAUUGACGACCUGGAGAUCGUGCCAGAGUUUUCUGAGGAGCGGGUGUUGGAGACGUUGGAAAAUGGCAUAACAGCCAAGAGCAGAACAGCAGGCCUGAAAGACAUCAGCAUCAGUGAGAUCACUGCCUCAAUCACAGAUGCUCGCAUGGCCAGGAACCCCAGAGCCAAGGAGUGUUUUUUCCGCCUGGAGGCUGAAGAAAAGCCGAAGACAUUUUCAUCACCAGGGUUCCCAAAAGCCUACCCACCCAGAUCUCGGUGCCAGUGGCAGAUCCGAGCUUCAGAGGACAAAGCCAUAUUUGUCACUUUCCCUUUCUUCAACAUCGAGGAUGACUGUUCUGAUGACUUUGUCUCCAUUUAUGACUCCUUAAGUCCAGAUGAUUCUCAGGCUAUCACAGAGAAGUGUGGUCAGAGGCCGCCCAGCAACCCCCUGGAGGUGUCUUCGUCUGGAAAUAUCAUGCUUAUUAACCUGAUUACUGACAGUGUUACACAGAAGCCUGGAUUCAGCGCAGAGUAUUCAGCCAUACCCAUAUCUAAAGUGAAAACCUGCGGUGGCACCCUCUCUAAAAGUGAAGGAGUCUUCACCUCCCCUCUUCACCCCAGCUUCUAUCCUCCUGCCGUGGAUUGCAAGUGGACCAUCAAGGUCCCUGAUGGGCAGAAGGUGCGGGUGAAGUUCACCAUGUUCCGCAUGAAAGAGCCCGGGGUGGACAUUCGUGUGUGUCACAAAGACUUUGUGGAGGUUAUGGGCACCAAGUAUUGUGGAGAAUUGUCCUCAUUGUCUCUGACUAGUACCACCAAUGUUCUUGAGGUGAAGUUCCACUCGGAUGAGUCGCACACCGACAAAGGCUUCAACGCGGAGUACAGAGCUUACGAUCCAUCAAAUCCUUGCCCCAACAAGUUUGCCUGUGCAUCCGGCAUCUGCAUCACUAAGGAACUGCAGUGUGACGGUUGGAAUGACUGUGGUGAUAUGAGUGACGAGAUGAAGUGCAAGUGUGAGAAGGACCAGUUUGCUUGUGGGAACGGCCUGUGCAAACCCAGACUCUGGGUGUGUGAUCGGGUCAACGACUGCGGGGACGGCAGUGAUGAGAUACAAUGCAGUUGUGAGGACAAUGAGUGGCGCUGUGGCGAUGGUGUUUGUCUGCCUCAGGACGUUGUGUGUGACAGUAAGAGAGACUGUGAAGACGGGAGUGACGAGGCCUCUUGUAAAACGUCUCCGGGUAUCUGCUCCGACUUCAGCUUCAAGUGUGAGAACAAAGAAUGUGUCAACAAGGUGAAUGCCGAAUGUGACCGCGUCGACGACUGCUCUGAUAGCUCAGACGAGAAAGGCUGUGACUGUGGUACCAGGCCAUACAAGCUGAACCGUAUCGUGGGAGGGCAGAACGCAGAGCUGGGGGAGUGGCCAUGGCAGGUCAGCCUCCACUUCCUGACCUAUGGGCACACUUGCGGAGCCUCCAUCAUAUCCAAUAGGUGGCUGCUCUCUGCUUCCCACUGCUUUGUCACCAGCAGCCCAUCGAACCAUGUUGCAUCCAACUGGCAGACCUACAGCGGCAUGCAGGACCAGUACAAGCAGGAUGGGGUACAGCACCGCAAACUGAAGAGGAUCAUCUCCCACCCAGAUUACAACCAGAUGACCUUUGACUAUGACAUCGCACUGCUGGAGCUUAGUGAGCCGCUGGAGUUCACCAACACCAUCCAACCCAUCUGCCUACCCGCGUCCUCCCACGUCUUCCCUGCAGGCAUGUCCUGCACGGUCACAGGCUGGGGCGCGCUCCGAGAAGGAGGUCAAAAGGCACAGCUGCUGCAGAAGGCAUCGGUGAAAAUCAUCAACGACACAGUGUGUAACACGGUCACCGAAGGCCAGGUGACCUCCAGGAUGCUCUGCAGCGGAUUCCUGGCUGGAGGAGUCGACGCCUGCCAGGGAGACUCCGGCGGGCCCCUGGUGUGCUUCGAGGAGAGUGGGAAGUGGUUCCAGGCCGGCAUCGUGAGCUGGGGCGAGGGCUGCGCUCGUCGGAACAAGCCCGGUGUGUACACGCGCGUCACCAAGCUGAGAGAGUGGAUCAGGACGGAGACGGGGGUUUGAGGAUGAUGCAGAGCGAGGACCAACAUCAAAAGACUGCAGUGGAGACGGAACAUUUGAGUCUGAUUCAGGACAAGUCUCUCUGAGCUUUGUUCUUAGAGCAACAGACUCAGGAAACUGUUGCAUGGACCUGGCUCCUCGCAAAGACGCACUUUAUUCAGUUGCCAACUUCCUUUAAACCCCUCUGCUACUACUCAGAGGAACAUAAACUUACACAUAAGCCACACCUACUCAUAUUUUGUAUCGUUUUUAAAAUUAACUUCAACACAGUCCCCCCAUAGAUAUUGCCAUUCUUCACUGGUAAAUAUAACAUAAGUACAUAUCAUGACAAAUCUUAAUUUUCUAGGAAUCCUUUUUAUAAAAACAGAUGCAGGAUGUGAACAUUUUACAGUUUUCAGGAUGUUUUUAACCCUUUGUAUUGUAUAUUUCUUAUCAGGUGCCAUGGGCUGCAGUGAAUGUUGCACUUUGCUGUAUAUAGCUUUAAAUGUAGGGUGUCAUUUAUUACUUAUCCUUGCAGUACACAGCCAUUCUAUCACACAGGCUUCAGAAUAUUCAUGCAUUAUUCCAACUAUCUUCCAAAGCAUGGUCCAAGUUUUUAGAUUGAUUAAAGUGUGUUAUCUACCUAUCUGCCAGGCAGCCCAUCGUCUCAGUUUUUAUUAGUUAUUGACUCAAUACAUCUUGUAGGGACAUCAUCAUUGAUAGCGGAAAUUAAAACAACAAAAACAAAAUUAAAAAAGGGGGCUGUUGUAAUAUCAUAUGAAAUUGAAUGAAACCUGGAGCAGCCUGGAAGGUUUAAAAAAAAAAAAAAAAAAAAAAAAAAAGCACUAAUCAAUUUAAAAGCCAACGACUUGCUCUGGAAAUUGGCCAGCAGUAAUGCUGAGUCCACCAGAUUUGUAGGCAGAAACUUCAGCGUGGUCCCUGAAGAUGGAUCUGAAUCUCAGACUGGAGUGAUGCUGAAGUUGUUUUAAGUUGUUGUUGAUCAGAACAGCGGGUCCUCUAUCAGUAUUGCUAUUACAUAUUUACACAUGCUGACUGGCCUUGGCCGCUCUGUGAACAGUUUGCCAAAAUGUUAUAUUCAAGAGACGAGGAGGACGAGGAGGACUGGACUCAGUUUGCUGCAGUUAAGCUCAGUGUGAUUGGGAUCUUCUGCCACUGAUUGGGGUUUUCACAAAUAUCGCCAGAGCAAUGCAAUGAGUUCUUAACCCUUUCCAAGUGUCCUCUCUUUGGUCACGACUAAAUCCAUCAACUUUUAAAUCUGAGAUUUGAUUGGAUGCUAUUUUUCACUCUCCAUCCCUGACUUUUCCUGGAAAUGCUAUAUCCUGGAUAAACAAACCAAAGAUUUGUAUAAGCAUUAUUUAUUUGAGGGGAAAAUGAUAUACUGACUUUUUAGUCUUUCUUUUAGGGUUUAUAGAUAAACUAUGCGAGUGUCUAUAUGUGUUUUUCAGACAUUUGUAAAUGGCCACAACCUUAAAUACAUCCCUCGAGCAUUGAACCCUGGAAGUGUUGUUUUUAUCAUGGACAUUUUGAACUUUGAAACUUACUUUGUUGUGUUUGUAUAAUGCUGUUUUUAUAUGAAAGAGCCAUGAUAAUAAACAUUGUUUAUCAGAUUCUCCAGUA